ACCGCGGGCGAAUGACUUUAAAAAGCGGCUACCGGGAGAGCGAGGCCCCAAUUACACGGCACCAGCCGCUGCCUAUAUAGAAAAGUCCGCAGCGGCCCGACGGACAGAUAUCUUCAAACUUGACUCGCGCCAACACAUCAACCCGGGACAGAGACCCUUGUUGCGCGGAGAGAAGCUACUGGAGAGAGAGAGAUAAGCGUUGCUUCUGUGCGAAGGAAACGGACUAACGCGCGUGCGAUCGGAAGAAAGUGCGAAGCUUCGUUCUUGUUGCCGCCCGAGUUUUUACGACGUCAUGAAGUCGACAAUCCUGUUUGUUCUCCUGUUCUCCGCGACGUACGCGCAGCAGGAAGAGACUGCCGCAGCGCAGGAACGGCCCGCUCGAGCGCCGCAAGGACACAUUCAGUACAGCGAUCCCGAUGGUCUGAAAGUCAGCUGGAAGCUCUACGCGCCGUACACCCAAUGGAAGUCCCACCUGGAGAACCCUCAGCGCAAUCAGAGAGCCGAGAGCGGAACUCAACCUGCCGCCGCUCUGGGACCUCAUCAACAAUCUCAACAAUCGGAGUUCGUCAAGCCAGCUCCUCUGGCUGCUUCUGAUCCGGCUCCCAUUGCCGAGGAGAAGCCUGUGCAACCUGUGCAGCCUGUACAGCCUGUGCACCAGGUUCAGGUUCAAUACAAACCCUACUCGAUGGUGCCAACGCACAUCAAGCAGCUGAUCCUGGAGAUGUACGAGCCUCAGAUCCCGUACGUCGACCCCGCGGUCUACAUCUACCGCGCCCACCACCAGCAGCAACAGGAGGAAGAGCAGCAAGAGCAAGCCCAGGAGAAAUCCCAGGCCGAGCCUCAGGAAGAGACAGCCCAGACCAGUUCCCAGCCCCAGCUCGGCAGCUACAGCAGCCAGUACGAGCAGGCCCCCAAGUACCCGACCAAGUACCCCAUCAACAAGUCCAAGGUCGGCUACGUUCAGUACAAGGAAGAGCAGCCAACCGCGGCCGCUUCGGCUGCUCCCCAGUACGGCGCCGUACCCGAGAGACGCGAGGCUGUCGCCGAGGAGCAACCCCAAGAGCAGCAGUACGACUACCCACAGCAGCAGAGACGCGAAGCCGACGACGGUAUGCCCAAGGAGAUCCACCAGCUGCUCAACCUCCAGGCCAUGACACCCUACCACGUGAUCGCCAACAGGAUCUUCUACAAGCCCAAGAACAUCUUCGUGCCCAAGCCCCUGUCCGAGGAGGUCAAGGGCCCGUACAAGUACCGCAGCAAGAUCUACUUCGUGAAGAACGACCAGGAGACUGAGGAGAAGGAAGUCAAGGAGCGAACCGAGCGCGAGGAGCCCGUCGAUCGCGAGGAGCGAGAGGAUCGAGUCGAGCGAGAGGAGCCCAAGGAGGAAGUUAGCGAGGAGUAAGCUCUCUCGACUCUAUCGUAUAAAUGACACGUCGAUUUUUCUCUGUCUCUCAAUCGAUGAGAUUAAGGUGGUCGAGAUUGACGAGUAGGUUUUCCGCGAGAUACCAACGAAAAUCUACGGCUCAAUCUCUAUCUUCGAUCGCGACUAUGUAUAACAAUAUGCUUCGAGCGACACACGAUCUUUCUGUUAUCCCCCCUACUACGGUGCCAAAAGAUUUUGUACGAUUUUCUUUUAAUCUUAGUUUUUAUACACCUUUUAUUCUCUGCUGUACCGGCAAAUUAUCGAGAGGAUCGAGCCUUCUUCUCUCUCAUACACAGACCGUGCAGUAAGAAAUUACUGCAGUGCAGUGUAUAUCUACCCAAUAGCGUCUUUUUUUACGGUCUCGUGCCUCUAAGUGGUGUACACGAUUCGGAGUUUUGUCAACGUCUGGGACGAUAAAAAUAGUCAUUGGGCAAGAUCUCCAGGAUCAUUUAUCGGUACAGCUCGGUAUAUCAAUAAAAAGAAAAUUCCCUUCGACAGUGAAAACAUCUCUCCGGCUCUCUUCUCUGUAAAUGAUCGAGCAUAAAGCGAACGACAUAAGCACCAGAAGCGUGUACAGACGUAUAAAAGUGAAAUUUUGUAAUAAACGACGAUACACACCGCAUACGUUUACGCUACUGUCUGCCGUUUUUAGCAAAAUCAACCAGCAAUGUAACGCACGAGUCAUUCUCUGUAAUAAAA